CCACAUUGUGACACAAGUGUAAACAGAGGAGGAUUUCAUGUGGGAUGAGCCUCUGAUGCACCAGUUUUGUCCUGAAGAAGACGCAGUCGGCUUCAAACUGUGACCAUUGAGAUACACAGACACACUGAUUCAGGAGCCACGAUGAUGGAGGUCGUUUAUGUUGCUGUGGCUGCGCUCAGUCUUCUGUCUGUCGGACAGGCGGCUCCUAUGACGAGCUGUAAGACUCUAACUCAACCUGUUGUAAUGCAGGGAAGAGAGCAGCUGCUGGGGAAAUGGAUAUUCAUAGCAGAAAGCACAGACAUCACAGGGACCGCGGCGCUGACGAAGCUGUUAGUGGAGAGCGUCUGGAGCAAAAUCACCGCUGCCAACGAGAGUGAUGCCAUCAAUCUUCAUCAAGUUCAAAGAAUGUUAGGCCGAUGCUUCUCUGUCACAGCUAAGAUGACGUUGCGAGACAACACUCUGUAUAUGGUGCAACCUUACUCUUCUCAAUCCAUCCUGCUGAACACUGGCUGCUCCGACUGCCUUGUUAUCCUUUCAAAGUCGAUCAUACAAGGAAGAACACUGAGUGGCAUGCAGCUCAUUAGCAAGAGAAGUAAUGUGUCUGUUGCUGAGAUUCAAGAGUUUAGGAGGCAGGUAGAGUGUCUGAACUUACCACAGCCUGCUGUCAUGGACCCAGAGAAUGGUUUUUGUUCAGAUGAUUCUCCCUCCACUGAUCUGACCAGUGCCAUUAAUGACACGACGUUGGAAUUGUUUGACAUGCUUGGCAACAUUCUAAGCAAUGAGGGUGGACUGAAAAACCUGAUCAAACAGAUUUCCAGUGAUGGAGCUGGAUUAAAAGAAAAUCCACAAAUCAUGACGCAAUGAAUCCACCAAGUCCGUGAGAAGGCAAGUCUUCAAAUAAAAGCAAGAUGAAAAUGAA